AUGUCCAAGCUGGUUUGCCCCUUGCUUUUCCUGUGUUUACUCCCAGCUGUAGUCCCCCUGUUCUGUUACACCUGUGUGUUCCCUGCCAUCUCACCUCUGGACUGCAUCAGGUUCCCCAUGAAGUGUCCGCCGGGUCAGGUCUGUCUGUCCAGCAGAGCUGUGGGAGCGAAAGGAGACUUCCGCGUGGUGCUGUAUGAGAAGAGCUGCAUCCUCCCCGCCUUGUGUGGUCUCUCUGGUGAAAAGUUUGCAAUGGGACUCAACUUCACCUUCACCAACGAAUGCUGCAACACACACCUGUGCAAUGGAGCCGCUGCGCCUACCGCCCCCUGCUGGACUGGCAUGCUGCUCACACUCCUCCUGUCAUACUCAGUUUGGUGAUUACCAAAUCAGGGCAGAGCCUGGAGGAGAGGCUGACAUGUGGGGUUUCACCUUGUAUUUGCUAAUUACAUUUGACAAGCUGCAACACACACUUGUGUAAUCAAGCUGCCUCUAUUAGUGAUACUGUACUCACCCUCCUCCUGGUA